CUAUAUAAAGGUGAUCAAUCUCGUAGUCUAAAAUUCAGUUCACUUCUAACGCGACUCGAAGCCGGUUUUUGCGAAAAUCAAACAGUUUUUAUUCUAUUUGUGAUUUCGUGGAAAUUUCGAUUGUUAUUCAAAAUGCGUUUCGCUCUGUUUGCUUUCCUAGCUGUGUGCCUGUUGGCAUUCGUUCUGGCCACUCCGGCCAAGGACACCAAAAAGCCGGCAACUUGCCAGCGAGCCUGCGGCGAAGUCUACGAUCCUGUUUGUGCCAAGGCAAAGAACAGCAGCAAGGAGCGACUCAUCACUUUUGGCAGCCCAUGCGUCAUGUCCAACUACAACUGCCAGCAUGCCGACGAUCCAUUCGAGCAGAAGUCCAAGGGCGAGUGCGGCGGCGGAGUGAGCGUUCGUCUCUCUUAAGAAGCAAAACAUUUACCAGCAACUCAAAAUUUAAAUAGCUCUCGGGACUACAUAGAAUUCCCCAUUAAAAUACACACGUGAACAUGCAUUCAUACAAGAUCAGUUCCAGCUAUCCGUCAGUAUCAAUGAAUGUCGAAUCCUAUACUCCCUGUGCACUUAUCAGCAGUCACGCGGCCAAUCUGCAGUCAGAAAAGAGCAUUAAUCGGCUAGCAAGAGUGUUUAAAGUGCAGUAGAAGUGGGUUAAGAGAAAACACAAUUAAGAAAUAACAUUAUUGUAUGUGCACAACAUAUAGAGCAACAAGUUUUGAUUAACG